GCGGAGGAGGGCGCGGACUGUUACCGGGCCCAGAGCUUCAGCGGAGGAUUGAGUUUUUCCUCCGUGGCCGGGCGGUGGGAGGAGGUGGCGGACGGUGUUUGAGGACGGGUAAAGGUGCGAGUGAAAGCCGCCGGGGGGGGGACCAGGAGCUCGGCGUGCUGCUGCCGCUGGGAGCCGCUCAGCAUCAACAUGGAGCUGGAGAACAUCGUGGCCAACACGGUGCUGCUCAAAGCACGGGAAGGCGGUGGCGGGAACAGAAAAGGAAAAAGCAAGAAGUGGAAGCAGAUGCUGCAGUUUCCACACGUCAGUCUGUGUGAGGAGCUGCGACAGAACACAGAGAAGGACUACAGCAGCCUGUGUGAGCGGCAGCCCAUUGGUCGGUUACUCUUCAGGCAGUUCUGUGAGACUCGACCAGAACUGAGACGCUGCGUCAAGUUCCUGGACGCUGUGGCCGAGUACGAGGUGACGCCGGACGAGAAGAGGAAGGAAUGCGGUCAGGAACUCAUCGACAAAUACUUCAGCCCAACGUCGGAGGACCGGGUGUCGGAGGUGGAGGAGGCCAUGAUGGGCGGAUGCAGCGAGCGGCUGCAGCAGGACGCCUGCAAGGAGCUUUUCAAGGACUGUACCAAAUUGAUCCACGACUACCUGAGCGUGGCGCCGUUCGCCGACUACCUCGACAGCAUGUACUACAACAGGUUCCUGCAGUGGAAGUGGCUGGAGAGGCAGCCGGUGACGAAAAACACAUUCAGACAGUACAGAGUUUUAGGAAAAGGUGGCUUUGGAGAGGUGUGUGCGUGUCAGGUACGGGCGACGGGGAAAAUGUACGCCUGCAAGAAGCUGGAGAAGAAAAGGAUAAAGAAGAGGAAAGGCGAGUCGAUGGCGCUCAACGAGAAACAAAUCCUGGAGAAAGUCAACAGCAGAUUUGUAGUGAGUUUAGCGUACGCCUACGAGACCAAGGACGCUCUGUGCCUCGUGUUGACCCUCAUGAACGGCGGCGACCUGAAGUUCCACAUCUACCACAUGGGUGAGGCGGGUUUCGAUGAGAGGAGGGCGAUUUUCUACUCCGCCGAGAUCUGCUGUGGCCUCGAGGAUCUGCACCGAGAGCGAAUCGUCUACAGAGACCUGAAGCCAGAAAACAUCCUGCUGGACGACCACGGCCACAUCAGGAUAUCAGAUCUGGGUUUAGCUGUUUACGUACCAGAAGGACAAACCAUCAAGGGCAGAGUGGGAACAGUGGGAUACAUGGCUCCAGAGGUGGUGAAGAACGAGCGGUACACCUUCAGCCCCGACUGGUGGGCGCUGGGCUGCCUGCUGUACGAGAUGAUCGAGGGCCAGUCGCCCUUCCAGCAGAGGAAGAAGAAGAUCAAGAGGGAGGAAGUGGAGCGGCUGGUCAGGGAGGUGCAGGAGGAAUACUCCGACAAGUUCUCCGAAGACGCCAAGUCCCUCUGCAAAAUGCUGCUGGCCAAAGAUCCCGGCGAUCGCCUCGGCUGUUUGGGCGGCUCAGCCUCUGAGGUCAAAGCUCAUUCCAUUUUCCGCUCCAUCAACUUCAAACGGCUGGAGGCCGGCAUGCUGCAGCCGCCCUUCAUCCCCGAUCCUCAGGCCAUCUACUGUAAAGAUGUGCUGGACAUUGAGCAGUUCUCCACAGUUAAAGGAGUAGAACUGGAACCCAAAGACGAGUCCUUCUACAGCAAAGUGUCCACGGGCAGCGUUCCUAUUCCCUGGCAGAAUGAGAUGAUCGAGACGGAGUGUUUCGAUGAGCUGAAUGUUUUCGACCAGGACGGGACGGUUCCUCCAGACCUGGACUGGAGAGGCCAGCCGUCGCCUCCACCCAAACAGGGGCUGCUGCAGCGGCUGUUUGGCCGACAGGACUGCUGUGGUAACUGCAGCGACAGCGACGACGAGCCCACCCGGCUGUGACACCCAAACACACCGUCUGAUUUGUUUACAACCUUUUUGCACAUUUGUAUUUUUACGGUAGUCCUCUCUCUAAAAAGAAAAGACAAAAAAAACAGGUCAGAAUGUAUAUUUUCAGCCUCGCCACGAUGUUUAAUGUUAUUUAAAAACCUGCUGUCGACGGAGGCGGACGUAAAACUUCUUCCUCUUUUUGUUUUUGUUGGGCUUUUGUUUUGUUUUUCCGUCCGGGGGGGAGGCUUCGCUUUCACAUGAACUGGGACUCUGAGAGCCGAGGAGCUCCUCUGGAACGACGGCUGCUGUAGAAGUGCCUUGCUCGAGGGCACCGCGGUCGCCGAGGCGGGACUGGAACCGGCCUCCACUCCGACCCACCUCGCCACUUGUUUUUUAUUCUCGUUUGCCGGCGAUUUCAAACGUUCGAUGCCGGAACCAUAAAGUCUACACCUGCAGAUAUUUUUUAAAUCAUUUUUAGAAAUUUUUUCCAAUGGAUUUCUUGAGACAGUCGCGGCUCCGGUUGCUCUCGUCAGUUUUAACCGAAAAGAGCCCAAAUUUUACAGAAACCCUGAGAUAAACGACUCACUGUGACGCCUUGUUGUGCCUUUAUUGUUCUUUAACUGAAAUGAGCAAGUUUUUUGGGAAUUUUCCAGUGACAAAAAGUGUGAUUUGCUACCAACUAAAGAUCAACUUUUCAGAGCAGCGUCUUUUUUUUUUUUUUAAACUUAGUAACCUCCUGAACUCCAAAACCUGCCCGCAGGUUUAAAACACAUCUUUUCCUUUUUAAAACAAAUAAACUGCUAAAUUUACACCAUUUAUCAGAGCCAGAAACUAACAAAAACAAAGAAUCAUCACGUUUUCAGCUUUCUGACGGACGGUCCUUGAACGCAUAGUCGGUUACGUUCGGUUCUGUCAAUUAUAAAAAGCCAAAUCUCAGUAAAAAUCAUAAUAUUCAUCAACUUUACUUUACGAGUCUCAUUUUUUUUAAAUAAGAAAAUUGAACCAGAUUCUAAUAUAAACAAAAGAAGCCACGACUGACUCAGCUUUGACCAGCAAUCGUGACAAAAAUCAGGUUGCACUGCAGGCAGCGUUUCCACAGAAGAGAGAAAACAAGUUCGGAAACAAAUUGAGAGCAAAAUCAAACAAUAAAAUAAAUGCAGCAUGACUCAGAAUCAGUGAACAGAGGAGCAAGUUGUUGGAGAUACAUCCAGCAUGGAGAAACAUCUUUCUAGAGUUGACUCAAAACUGGACUAAAAAUUGUCCAGAGUGACUCAAAUUGUCCAAAAUUACACAAAAAUAGCCGUUUUAAACAAAAUUUGAGUAAUUUUGAGCUACUUUAAUACAAUUUAGAGCAUUUUUCAAGUGAUUUUGUACAAUUUGGGUGUCAGUUUGGGCAUUUUUUGUUACUUUCUACACAUUUUCAGUCAAUUUGGAACCAUUUUGUUAUUACUUUGAUCAAGUUUCAAGUUAUUUUAGAGAAGCUUUGAGUCAUUUUGGAAAAUUUUAGACAAAGAUAACAAUAACAUGUUCACCAACUGAAUAAAAUAAAUGCAGCAUGGCUCAGAAACAGUGAACAGAGGAGCAAGUUGUUGGAGAUACAUCCAGCAUGGUGAAACAUCUUUCUACAGCUGAUGAACAGAAGACAAAACUGGACUAAAAAUGGUCCAAAAUAACAAAAAAACUAGCCCCAAAUUAGUCAAAAUUUUUGUAAUUGACAUUUUAAACUCAUUUCAAGUUAUUUUUAGAAAAGUUUUGCUCCAGAUUUUCACUCUGAUCAUCAGCUACAGAAAGAUAUUUCACCAUGCUGAAUGUAUCUCCAACAACUUGCUCCCCUGUUCACUGUUUUUGAGUCAUUCUGCAUUUAUUUUAUUGAUCCAGUAGCUUUUACUUACCUCCUAAUCUAAAAUUGUCCAAAAAUGAUUUUAAAAAUGUGUUCAGCGUAACAAAAAAAUGUCCAAAACGACUCAAGAACUCUGCAUAAUAACCCGAAAACUGCCCAAAAAUGGCUUGAAGCUGGUUCAGAAUGACACAUUAUUUGUUAUUAUUGUUAAAUUAAGCAAUUUUAGACAAGUGUUUAAAAGAUGUUUCACCAUGCUGAAUGUAUCUCCCAACAACUUGCUCCUCUGUUCACUGUUUCUGAGCCAUGCUGCAUUUAUUUUAAUGAUCCAGUGUGUGUUAUUUUGGGUUGUCAAGUUAUUUGGCGCCAUUUUUGAGUAAUUUCUGGAAAAUUUAAUGUUACUAAAUGCAGCAUGGCUCAAAAACAGUGAACAGAGGAGCAGGUUGUUGGAGAUACAUCCAGCAUGGUGAAACAUCCUUCUAGAGUUGACUCAAAACUGAACUAAAAAUGAUCCACAACGUCUCAAAUUGUCCAAAAUGACUCAAAAACUAUCAUUUGGAACGACAAUUAAGUCAUUUUAAACUAGUUUACAGCAAUUUAGGACAGUUUUAGGGUUAUUUUGGGCAUUUUUUUUUUUACUUUAUAGAAAGUUCUAGCUAUUUUCAACAAAUUUCAAAUCAUUUAGGACAAUUUUAAAAUCAAACCUGCAUCAGUAGAAUAAAUGCAGCAUGGCUCAUAAAAAGUGAACAGAGGAGCAAGUUGUUGGAGAUACAUUCAGCAUGGUGAAACAUAAUAGUGUGAAAAACGCAGUUUUUAGAGGCUGUGAAAAUGUAAAUAGUUAAAUAUCUAUAACAUGUAGAGCCACAAAUAUUCCUCAGUGUUGGAGGACAAUUCAGAAAAAUGUUGAUUCCACUUUUUAAAAUGAUUUUUGGCAUUAGAACUGCAUCGUACAGCAGAGAAGACAUUUCUGAGUUCCAUCUUCUUCUAGUCGUGGUUGUUCUGUUUCCAUAGGGGUGCAGGACUUUAUAUUGCAGUUAAAAAUGAACCCACAGUGAUCAAAAAACAUGACAGGAGAAAAAAAAGACUCGGGGUUCAGAGGGUUACAUUAAAUGGUUCUCUAAAGAAUUCAAAGACUGAAAGUCACCGAAAUUACAUCAGAUUGCACUUAAGUCAAAGAAUUCAUCAUGUAUAGCAAAAAAUGAUUCAGUAAAUCUUAGUAAAAACAGCAUUUAAAGGAGGUUAUUACUCCAGAUCUGAGUAUUUUCUCUCAGUGUUUCUGUUUUCAUUUUUUACUUCUUUUGCCGUCUUUUUGGUUUUUACUUUUGCUUCGAGCGGUUGGUUGGCGGUCGGAUGGUUUCCAGAUCGUGACACCUUCGAAGAAAUGUCCAAAGAUUCAUCCAUCCACGUCACGAACAGAAACCGAAACGACGAGAGUAACCGGAACCGAACCGAGAGACUGAAGCUUUGGUGAAAAACUUCAGCUGGACCUGCUGCAGUCAACGGCUUCUUUAAGAAUACAGCCUCUGAUUUUAAGCUAUUAAAGUGAAAUACCUCUGAAUGUACAAA